AUGGCCACCGUCGAGGUCCCGACUGCCACGCCCGUCGAGGAGGCUCCGGUAGUAGUGGAGGCUGUCCAGCCGGCCGCCGUCGUCGUCGAGGAGACCCCGAAGGAGGAGGCCGCUGCUCCUGUCGUACCAGAGACCCCGGCCGCGGACGAGCCAGCUGCGGCGGAGACCGAGGUCGCUAAGGAACCGGAGCCGGAGGCGGUGGCGGAGGCCGAGGCUGCCCCUGCCGAGACGACUGAGACCAAGGAGGUCGAGGUCGAGGCCGUGGCUGAGCCGACUGAGGCAGAGACCAAGGAAGCAGACGCGGAGGCCGCGCCGGCAGCAGAGACGGAGGCUGCUGCUGCCCCCGUCGAGGCUGUCCCGGCCGAGACUGAGGCUGAGCCGGAGGUGGCGGCCGAACCCGAGGCAGCAGCUCCGGCUGAGGCCGAGACCAAGGAAGCGGAGCAAGAGGCUGUGGCGGCCCCGGUUGAGGCCGAGACCAAGGAAGCGGAGCCUGUGGCGGCGGCCGAGGCCGAGGCCGAGGUGGCCGUGCCCGUGCCGGCUGAGGACACCAAGGAGGAGGAGGCAGCCGCUCCUGAGUCCGCCGCCACAGAAGCCGCGCCGGCUCAGGAGGAAGCACCGGCCGCCGCAGCGGCCGAGGAGGCGGCCCCUGCUCCGGAGGCCGCCGCCGCCGAUGACAAGUCCGAGUGA